CACUCUGCUAUUAAACAAAGGUGUAAUUAUUUUUGUCGGAAUCAUAUUUUCCACUCGGCCCCUCCCGUCUAUUUUCCGUCUGUUAAAUACCGGACGAUGCCAACGCUGGUGCAUCAGUGCAGAAUGAAAUCCGCGACCCUGCUGAUCUGGCUGUUGGCAUGCGCCACCUCGUCUACCCAAUACACGACCAAAUAUGACAACAUAGACGUCGAGGUGAUUAUGAAGAACCAGAGACUCUACAGAAAAUACUUCGAUUGCCUCACGGACCGAGGACGUUGCACCCCUGAUGCCAAGGAGCUCAAAGAUUCGCUUCCCGACGCCCUGGCCACCGGCUGCUCUCACUGCACCGAAAGGCAACGAGUCGGCUCCGAGAAAGUCAUCAAGUACCUGCUUGACAAGAGACCGGCGGACUUCGCCGUCCUCGAACGGAUCUUCGACCCCAAGGGGCUUUUCAAAUCCAAGUUCGAAGAUGAGGCGAAGCGCCUGGGCAUACCGGUCUGACGCGAAAUAUUCCAACAAAAUAUAAACAUUUUCCUCUGUAUUAUCUUUUUUUGAGUUACCUGGGGAAAAUAAAACUCCACCCGACGGUGGAAACAAGGCC